ACGCGUGGCGGCCACCGUGCGGUGUCGCUGUUCUUGGGUUCCAUCAUGGUGUUUGGCGUCCUCAACAACAUGUUGGUGCUGGUUCUGUUCUGCAAGUUCAAGACCCUGCGGACGCCCGUCAACGUGCUGCUGCUCAACAUCAGCGUCAGCGACAUGCUGGUCUGCACGUGCGGAACCACGCUCAGCUUCGCAUCCAGUCUACGUGGCCGCUGGUUGUUUGGUCGGCUGGGAUGCGUGUGGUACGGGUUCAUCAACUCAUGCUUUGGUAUCGUGUCCCUGGUGUCUCUGGCCCUGCUGUCCUACGAGCGCUACAGGACGCUGCUGGUGUACAACAAGCAAGCAUUGGACUACAGGAAGCCUCUGCUAGCUGUGGGCGGGGCUUGGUUGUACUCUGUGGCGUGGACGUUGCCCCCACUGCUGGGCUGGAGCAGCUACGGGCCAGAGGGGGCCGGAACCAGCUGCUCCGUCUCCUGGACCGAGCCCACGUCUGGCUCGCGUUCCUACAUCGUCUGUCUGUUUGUCUUCUGCCUGGGCGUACCCGUCCUCCUCAUGGCGUACUGCUACAGCCGCUUGCUGCAGGCCGUCAAACAGGUGGGGAGAAUUCGGCGUAGUGCGGCAAGGCGGCGUGAGUUCCACGUCCUGCUCAUGGUCGCGGUUACGGUGGUGUGCUUCCUCCUCUGCUGGAUGCCGUACGGCGUGGUCGCCAUGAUGGCCACGUUCGGCCAGCCGGGUGUCAUCAGCCCGGUGGUGAGCGCGGUGGCGUCCAUCCUGGCCAAGAGCAGCACCGUGUUCAACCCUGUCAUCUACAUCCUGAUGAACAAGCAGUUCUACCGCUGCUUCCUGAUCCUCUUCCACUGCCGCCACCACCUGAUGGAGAACGGACACUCCGCCCCAUCCAGAACAACCGUAAUCAAUCUUCACCCUGUGGUUGGGGACUACAGCCCUGCCCAAGCCGUCAACACUGCUGGAGUCUUGAUCAAACCUUGGAACACAGCAGGCACCAGUGCCACCGCAUCAGGAAAAGAUUAACCACCUGACAACACAAACGCCUGACAUAAUGACAACAUGAGCACCUGAGAACAUGCAUGCCUGGUGUAAUGACAACAUGAACGCCUGACAACAUGAAUGCCUGGUGUAAUAACAACAUGAACACAUGACAACAUGUACGCCAGGUGUAAUGACAACAUGAACACAUGACAACAUGAAUGCCUGGUGUAAUAACAACAUGAACACAUGACAACAUGUACACCAGGUGUAAUGACAACAUGAACGCCUGACAACAUGAAUGCCUGGUGUAAUAACAACAUGAACACAUGACAACAUGUACGCCAGGUGUAACGACAACAUGAACGCAUGACAACAUGAAUGCCUGGUGUAAUGACAACAUGAGCACCUGAGAACAUGCAUGCCUGGUGUAAUGACAACAUGAACGCAUGACAACAUGAAUGCCUGGUGUAAUGACAACAUGAACGCCUGACAACAUGAAUGUCUGGUGUAAUGACAACAUGAACGCAUGACAACAUGAAUGCCUAGUGUAAUGACAACAUGAACGCCUGACAACAUGAAUGUCUGGUGUAAUGACAACAUGAACGCAUGACAACAUGAAUGCCUGGUGUAAUGACAACAUGAACACAUGACAACAUGUACGACAGGUGUAAUAACAACAUGAAUGGCUGACAACAUGAAUGCCAGGUGUAGCGACAACAUGAACACAUGAUAACAUGAAUGCCUGGUGUAAUGACAACAUGAAUGCCUGACAACAUGAAUGCCAGGUGUAAUGACAACAUGAACAUAUGACAACAUGAAUGCCUGGUGUAAUGACAACAUGAACACAUGACAACAUGUACGCCAGGUGUAAUGACAACAUGAGCACCUGAGAACAUGCAUGCCUGGUGUAAUGACAACAUGAAUGCCCGGUGUAAUGACAACAUGAACGCCUGACAACAUGAAUGCCUGGUGUAAUGACAACAUGAACGCAUGACAACAUGAAUGCCUGGUGUAAUGACAACAUGAACACAUGACAACAUGUACGCCUGACAACAUGAAUGUCUGGUGUAAUGACAACAUGAACGCAUGACAACAUGAACGCCUGGUGUAAUGACAACAUGAAUGCCUGGUGUAAUGACAACAUGAACGCCUGGUGUAAUAACAACAUGAAUGGCUGACAACAUGAACACCUGACAACAUGAAUGUCUAGUGUAAUGACAACAUGAACACCUGACAACAUGAACGCCUGGUGUAAUGACAACAUGAAUGCCUGGUGUAAUGACAACAUGAACGCCUGGUGUAAUGACAACUUGAACCCAUUACAACAUGAAUGCCUGGUGUAAUGACAACAUGAAAUCCUGACAACAUGAAUACAAGGUGUAAUGACAACAUGAACAUAUGACAACAUGAAUGCCUGGUGUAAUAACAACAUGAACACAUGAUAACAUGAAUGCCUGACAGCAUGAAUGCCAGGUGUAAUGACAACUUGAACACAUGACAACAUGAAUGCCUGGUGAAAUGACAACAUGAAUGCCUGGUGUAAUGACAUGAACGCCUGGUGUAAUAACAACAUGAACACAUGACAACAUGAAUGCCUGGUGUAAUGACAACAUGAACGCCUGGUGUAAUGACAACAUGAACACAUGACAACAUGAACACCUGGUGUAAUAACAACAUUAAUGGCUGACAACAUGAACACCUGACAACAUGAAUGCCUGGUGUAAUAACAACAUGAACACCUGACAACAUGAAUGUCUAGUGUAAUGACAACAUGAACACCUGACAACAUGAACGCCUGGUGUAAUGACAACAUGAACGCCUGGUGUAAUGACAACUUGAAUCCAUUACAACAUGAAUGCCUGGUGUAAUGACAACAUGAAAUCCUGACAACAUGAAUACAAGGUGUAAUGACAACAUGAACAUAUGACAACAUGAAUGCCUGGUGUAAUAACAACAUGAACACAUGAUAACAUGAAUGCCUGACAGCAUGAAUGCCAGGUGUAAUGACAACUACAUGACAACAUGAAUGCCUGGUGAAAUGACAACAUGAAUGCCUGGUGUAAUGACAACAUGAACACCUGGUGUAAUAACAACAUGAACACAUGACAACAUGAACGCCUGGUGUAAUGACAACAUGAACACAUGACAACAUGAAUGCCUGGUGUAAUGACAACAUGAACGCCUGGUGUAAUGACAACAUGAACACAUGACAACAUGAAUGCCUGGUGUAAUGACAACAUGAACGCCUGGUGCAAUGACAACAUGAAUGCCUGGUGUAAUGACAACAUGAACGCCUGGUGUAAUAACAACAUGAACACAUGACAACAUGAAUGCCUGGUGUAAUGACAACAUGAACGCCUGGUGUAAUAACAACAUGAACACAUGACAACAUGAAUGCCUGGUGUAAUGACAACAUGAACGCCUGGUGUAAUAACAACAUGAACACAUGACAACAUGAAUGCCUGGUGUAAUGACAACAUGAACGCCUGGUGUAAUAACAACAUGAACACAUGACAACAUGAACGCCUGGUGUAAUGACAACGCAAACACUUUGUGAACACCAGACAGCGACUCAGACAAGCAGCGGCCUCACGAGGUAACUUGCAUUCAUGUGAAAGCGUUGAAGUUUGGCGGGAACAUUUGACCAAAAGUGUCCUUUACGCUGAAGGUCGGUGCGGUGGUGAUUUGAGCAGGUGUUGGUGUCUCAGGAUAAUUGAUUGUUGAUCAUUUGACGUUCGAUUGUGAAUCAAUGUCAGUGUUCCUCUUGUGAAGUCCAUCUGACGUGCUUAUAAAAGCUAGAAUAAUUCCC